CUUGUCAGCCGCUGUUACUCUUUAACAAUAUGAAAUCUUCAGCCGCUCAAGUUGGAGGUGACUAGGAGCGAUGGGGCAACAGAGCCGCCCGAGGUGAAUGCCUCCGCAUUCGACAGAAGUCCCGUUCCUCUGCUUGGGAAUCAAUUUCAUUUUCGUGAAUUGAAGCUACAAGGCACCGCGCCAGACAAGGCAGUGUCUUUCCCCCCUGGAUCUUUCAAGAGGUGAAGAGCAGCGACAUUGCUAAAACAUUCCGAAAAGCCAUCAACAGAAAAGAAGGGAUUUGUGCCCUUGGUGGGACCUCGGAGCUCUCCAGCGAAGGCACUCAGCACUCUUACUCAGGCCCUGAAGCACCACGGCAGCAAUCUCCAGUUGACAGCAGCUUCUAUGCGUUCCUGGUUCAGAGGGUAACCCCAUUGCAAAGACUAGAGGUCCGUAUUUUAGUGCGUGAGAUGGCCACCACCACACAGAUAUCCAAAGACGAGCUAGAAGAACUCAGAGAGGCCUUUGCCAAAGUUGAUCUCAACAGCAAUGGGUUUAUCUGCGACUACGAAUUGCAUGAGCUCUUCAAGGAAGCCAACCUGCCCCUUCCUGGAUACAAGGUGCGGGAGAUCAUCCAGAAACUCAUGAUAGACGGGGACAAGAACAAAGAUGGGAAGAUCAACUUUGAAGAAUUUGUUUACAUCUUUCAAGAGGUGAAGAGCAGCGACAUUGCUAAAACAUUCCGAAAAGCCAUCAACAGAAAAGAAGGGAUUUGUGCCCUUGGUGGGACCUCGGAGCUCUCCAGCGAAGGCACUCAGCACUCUUACUCAGAGGAAGAAAAAUACGCCUUUGUGAACUGGAUAAACAAAGCCUUGGAAAAUGACCCAGACUGUAGGCAUGUCAUUCCGAUGAACCCGAACACUGAUGAUCUCUUCAAAGCUGUGGGGGACGGGAUUGUGUUGUGUAAAAUGAUCAACCUGUCCGUUCCUGACACAAUUGACGAAAGAGCAAUCAACAAGAAGAAGCUAACGCCAUUCAUAAUUCAGGAGAAUCUGAACCUGGCCCUGAACUCGGCCUCGGCCAUCGGGUGCCACGUGGUCAACAUUGGAGCGGAGGACUUGAGGGAAGGGAAACCACAUCUGGUCCUGGGCCUCCUCUGGCAGACUAUCAAGAUCGGCUUGUUUGCAGACAUAGAGCUGAGCAAAAACGAAGCCUUGGCUGCCUUGCUUCAAGAAGGGGAAACCUUGGAAGACCUGAUGAAGCUGUCCCCAGAAGAACUCCUCUUGAGGUGGGCCAACUUCCACUUGGAAAAUGCUGGCUGGCACAAGAUCAACAACUUCAGCUCGGAGAUCAAGCUUUAUGACUUCGGUAACUCUGUUAAGGACUCCAGGGCAUAUUACCAUCUCCUCAACCAAAUUGCACCCAAAGGGCAGAAGGAAGGAGAGCCUCAGAUUGACAUCAGCAUGUCUGGCUUCAAUGAGAAGGACGACCUGAAGAGGGCGGAGUGUAUGCUCCAGCAGGCCGACAGGCUGGGCUGCCGGCAGUUCGUCACCCCCACCGACGUUGUGAGCGGCAACCCCAAGCUGAACUUGGCCUUUGUUGCCAACUUGUUCAACAAGUACCCGGCACUCACCAAACCUGAGAAUCAGGACAUUGACUGGACACUCCUGGAAGGUGAGACCCGAGAAGAAAGAACGUUCCGCAACUGGAUAAACUCCCUGGGUGUCAACCCCCACGUGAACCAUCUCUACUCUGACCUGCAGGAUGCGCUGGUGAUCUUGCAGCUCUAUGAAAAGAUCAAAGUUCCCGUAGACUGGAAUAAAGUCAACAAGCCCCCGUACCCAAAACUGGGCGCGAACAUGAAAAAGCUAGAAAACUGUAACUAUGCCGUCGACUUAGGGAGGCACCCAGCCAAAUUCUCCCUGGUGGGCAUUGGCGGGCAGGACCUCAACGAUGGGAACCCCACUCUCACGCUGGCUCUAAUGUGGCAGCUGAUGCGAAGAUAUACCCUGAAUGUCCUUGAGGAUCUUGGGGAUGGUCAGAAAGCAAAUGACGACAUCAUAGUAUGCUGGGUCAACAGGGCAUUGCAGGAAGCUGGGAAAUCCAGUUCCAUCCAGAGUUUUAAGGACAAGUCCAUCAGCAGCAGUUUGCCGGUCGUGGAUUUAAUUGAUGCCAUUCAGCCUGGUUGUAUAAACUAUGACCUUGUCAAAACAGGAGAUCUGUCAGAGGAAGAUAAACACAGUAAUGCCAAGUACGCCGUCUCCAUGGCUCGAAGGAUUGGUGCCCGCGUGUAUGCCCUUCCCGAUGACCUCGUGGAAGUCAAGCCCAAGAUGGUGAUGACCGUGUUUGCCUGCUUGAUGGGGCGAGGCAUGAAGAGGGCCUAAGAGCAGGCGCCAGACCAAAGCACCCCAACCUCCCGCCCUGCCCCAGUCCACCUCUUGCAAGAUCGGCUGUUUCCAGGCUGAAAUGCUGCCGGCUUAAAGAACUGUUGAUGUGUGUGUUCUUGUUUGUUUUUGUUUUCCGAAGGAGGACUCUGUUUUGCUUUGCAAGAGCUUCGCAAGGUGGAAAUGCAAUGAGAAGUCUCGGGGAGGGGAGUGUUAACCAACCAAAGCGCCCCCUUUCCCAGGAACCGAAAAGUGUUUUAUCGUUUUAAGUGCCCAUGGAAAUGUAUUUGUAUGGCUUGCUGGAGCAGGUUACUGGCUUGGCCACCAGAUAGUUCUUGCCCCAAAGGUAUGGGUUUUUGGUGCUCUGCCAGCUGUGGUUGGUAGCAGUCUUAAUAGUGAAACAUUUUGCUCUUCUGUUUCCACAAACACACAAACAAAAGGCCUUGUUUUUAAUUUGUAUCUGGUGGUCUGUGUGUGUUCUGGGGUUGAGUUUUCAUUGAACUUGCUGUAACUUUGCUGUUGCAAAGGCAGUAACCAGAGCUGUGUGUAUUCCACACUGUAUUUUACUUUUUAAAAAACCCCUACAUGCUAGCUAAGAGAAACCGAAUCCUCUUGAACCUGUAUGAACUAUGCAAACUGGGCCACAUUGCAUCAUGUCUGUCCUGUGAAAUUUAUUUUGCAUCAUUUAGUCAUGGGGGAGGGCAAGGACCUAUCCCACUCGCUCCUUGCGCCCGACCAAUGGCGUCUUGCUCUGCCAUCUCAUUGGCUCCUGAGAUCUCAUCUAGCAUUUCCCACACACUUCCAAGCAUAUCUUCAUGACUAGAGGCCUUUUUUAAAGGACUAGAGACCUUUAAAUAACAAAACAAAAAGAAAGCUUUGAUUCUCAGGAAGCUGUGCCCAGUACUUCAUGCUGUCCUUUUUCUGUGCUCCCUGUGGAAUUGCAGCCUGCAUGCAGCUCUGGCAACUUCACUCCAGGCGGAGUGUGGCGGGUGUGUGCAUUGGUGUGCAAACGGUACUUCCAAAGAUAUGUCUUCCGGCAGUAUUCGUCCUUCAUGGUGCUGCUCUUUUUUCUUUCCGCCCCGGUACAACCUAACAAUAUUUUUUAUUCCUUUACAAGCAUAGCAGGUUUAUUUUUGCUAGUUUUCUAUUAUAUUAAAAAAAAUUCUUUGUGUGAGAAAAGGACCACUUUCCAAAGCCCCUCCAUUGCCAAUGGCUUAACUAAACCCAGAGAACUGAAUGGAUGCAUCUCUGUAUUUUAUCUUGGUUUUUGUUGUUCUUGCCUAGAUCAUUUUCUUUUCUAGAAUCUGCUUGGAAAUAAUCUUAAUUUUUUUAAAAAAAACAAAAAACCACAAACCCAAUAAUUUAAGAUCCUAUUAGACAGAUUGUCAAACUGUGUGAGAGGCACGUGAUGGAUGGGACCAGGCAAAUUCCAUAAAACAACAGGGACCAGUAACUUGAAGAGCAGAAUGUGCCGAGAUUGAAGAAAACUAUUUUUUUAUAAAUAAAAAGGAAACGUUCUUGUCACCAAAGAGAAAAAAAGGCAUUCUAUCCAUAGGAGCAAAUGUACUUUGGGUUUCGUGAGCUGUUAGCUACCCUUGAAGGCAUAUUGCAGUCCUUAGCUAUUCCAAGCAUUGUAAUAUGGUGGCAAAGCAAUUGAUGAAAUAAAGUCAUUUAAAUGCA